AAAAAAAAACAAACAAACGAGGUUAUGCAUAUUCUAUUUUGUACUUUUUAAUUGAAAAAAUAGAUAAAUGAAGAUACACGUCUACGAAAAGGAAAGACUAUUCCAAAAACUAUCCUGACUAGGAAUUUUCCUUUUUACUAUUUUGCUGUAAAUAUGGGAGUUUUUCAAGCUUCUCUUCGGGUAGCAACCACACAAAUAGAGCCAAAAAAAGUUAGCUUGAGAGAGAGAAAGGUAGAAGACGACUGAGAAGCGAUGGGGUCUAUGGGUGAGGGUAAGCUUGAGUCACUCAAAAACUUAUGUACGAAAAUCACUGAGAAACUUGGUCCCCGGGGAAUGGAAACGUUACGUUCCUUGUUUGAAAAUUUUAAUAACUACAGAACCGAACAUACCGAGUUCCGCAACUCUAUUCAACUUUUGUUCGACAAUCAUGCAAAGACACAACAACACCAUGUUGAUACCGAACUUGAAGACGGUGAAACCCGAGAAUACCAUGCUUUUGCUGUUAGCGCUAAAGUAGAUGAUAGCUUAAAAGAGUAUCCUAUUCAUCAUGGUAAUAUAAAGAUAGGAGGAGCCCAUGUUGGAACUAGGUCUAAAGUUGAUGAGAGCACUGAAAAUUAUUUUACUCAUCAUGGUAACCUAAGGAUUAGAGCCGAUGUUGGACUAAGGGUUAAAGUAGAUGAAAACCCUAGAGUAGAUGUUUCUGAGGAGCGAGAGUCUGAGAAACACGCUACCAGUGGGCUCUUGAAGAUGAACUUGGAGAGAAAUAAUGGAAGCAACUUGCACUCUGAUGAACAGAUUGGGAGGAGUCUGAUGAAGAAACGUAGAACGUAUAUGCGGUUAAACAGAGAGACACCGAACUAUAAGCUUAUCCCCGAGGAAGAACAGUGUCCUGUCAAGUACGAGGUGCUGAACAACAAAGUCUCCCUGGUGAAAUUUGAUGCUUGCGGACAUAAAAACCUAACUGAGUACGAAAAAGCAAUGGCGAAAUGUGAAGAAGAGAUGUGUAAGGCUGAUGUGUCGAUGGAAAGUCUGAGAAGUGCAGUGGAGAAAGCGGAGAAAGUUAUAAAGGGAGAGAUGAGAGUGAAAGACCUUGGAGUAAUGUUCUACGCGUGCAUCAAAAAGCUAUGUCAUCUUGAUGUGUUUGAACGUGUGAGACAAGACUACAAGAAGGCUUUACCUAAGAUCUUACCCCGGUUGAAGCAGAAACUGGAUAAGCUCACAGUUGCUCGAGCAGAAAAAAAGUUUCUCUUGAAGCAAGUCAUGGAAGACAACACUGCAAAGCAAAGAGAUUCCACUGCACAAGGUCAAGGGGAGAAACAACACACUUUUGUAUCAGAUUUUAUAUAUCCACUGCACAAGGUCCCAAGAUAAAAUAACAUUUUUUUUAAUAAUCUCUUUUGUUUCAGUAUAUGAAACUAUAUAUAUUAGGUUAAUUUCGUUUCGUUUUUUUUGUUUUGUUUUAACUUUUAAUAUAUCUAUGUAGAAAGUUUAUGAAUUUCUAAAAGUUAGAUUUUAACACAAGCAUGUCAAAGGUUUUCAACCAAGAUCACUUCGUACGUACGUACCUCGCUUAAACCUGUAUUUCUUCUAGACAAUCUGCUAACUGUUCCAGCUUGAAAGCUCAACAACGAUGACAAGUAAAUCCGAAUUUUUUUUUUCUUUUCAUUUACACUUUCAGCUUAAUUCCCUGGAGCUGUGAAAACUAUCAAAGUAACUUGUAAUCUGACCAUACAUUACUCUUCAACUAUCUUCUCAAAAAUUUUGUCUAGUAAAAUUCCACAACAUCUAUACUUUUGUUUUCGUUUGUUAUUGUGAUGCAUAGUGACAUGAACAGUUCUUAUUUCAAUUAAUGCAAACUAUAUAUAUAUCUACAUUCUGCAUAUUAUUAUAGUUUUAUCUCAUAUAAUAUGUCCAAAAAAUGUCCAGAACUGUCAUAAGUUGUAUUCAGCCACAAGAUGCCACAUUUUACGAGACAAAUCCAACUUUUCAUUUAAUAAAAAAAUUAUUAAGAAGGGAAUUAUAGGUUAUAUAGUCUUUGCACGGGGGGAAGAAUAAGAAACAACAAAGAAAACAAAGAUUGAGAAGAGAAAGAUGGAGGACGAUUCAGAAGCAAUAGAUAACUUGCGUGAGACCAUCAAGAUGAGUUUAAGUCCGUCGGCAAUGAUAAGUUACGAUUCCUUGGUUCAGGACUUUACGCUCGAUCGAAUCGGAGUGGCCGAAAUGACUACAUCGCUUACACGUUUGCUGGAGAAAGACGAGUUUCUUCAUCAGCGCUUCCUUGAAGCUACCAACGAACUUAAACAAGAACAAGAAGAUGCCAAUGGAGAGACCCAAGAUGUUAAAGUCGACGACGAGAGCGCGAAAGAAGAUCCUCAUGUUCAUGUUGAAUCAAAUCUUGAAGCCGAUCUUGAGAACCCUAAAGAAGAUGUAACUCUGGAGAUCACACCCAGCUACGAGCUCAUCCCCGCGGAAGAACGGUCUCUGGCCGUCGUCUCAGGAACGGUAUUGAACAACGAGUUUCGUCAGGUGAAAGUUGAAACACCACGACCUAAGAAACUAAUUGGCUACAAAAAAGAUGUGGCGGAUUACGAAGAUGUAAGGUAUCAGAACGAUAUGAUGAUAGAGUAUCUAACGAGUGCAGUGGAGCAUUGGGAGAAAGUCAUGAGGAAAGAGAUGAGAAUAGAAGAUGUUGAAGAAAAAUUCUACACUUGCAUCGAAGAGUUAGAUCGUGGAGGUAUGAUCAAGAAGCUGAAACAAAACUACCAAGAGGCUUUACCAGUGAUCUUAUAUCGACUGAAAGAGAAGCUGACUUACCAUAUACUUACUCGGGAAACAAAGAACUCUAGAUGGAAGCAAAUAGAAUCCACUGAAAAAGCUCGCCGCAGAAAGCAAAGGAGAUUAACAAUCUGAUUCAGAUUUUAGACGGCAAGAAAUGUAUAAAGAUUCAGUUUCCUUUCGGUUUAGUUUUCUAGUAUUCUGUUGAUUGUUCUAUAGACACAACACACAAGCAGCUCAAAUCUCUAUCUUACUAUAUGUACGUAUGACAACAUAGUAUAGUAGACUUAUAUUUCUCAGGCAGCAAAAUAUUCGUGUACCAUAGUUAGGUUUUAUGGAUUAAAUAGAUGAUAGAUUGUUGACAAAAAAAAAAAAAAAGAGGAUAGAUCACAUAUGAUUAGAACGCAAGAAAAUUUUGUUUAUGUGACACUGCUAGUUAAUUAUGUCUUUGCACAAGAACAUAUUAUUAAGCGACUAGACUCAGAAGAUCCACUUGUUGAGGUAUACUAGUUCAAUUUCCCACAUGUAUAUCAGUAUGUGUUUGAUGUUUUAUAUAUAACACACUAUUACAAAUAAAUGACUUGAAGUAAUAGUUCUCAAUAAACAUGGCAUGAUGGUCUCGUCAUGCUAAGCAAUAACAACGCCAAAUCAACGGUAUAGCUCGACUCUGAAUCUUCAAUUUAUCUAUUGAUGUUUUCAGUUCGUGUAAUUAUUUGUGAUAAGGCAGCUACAAAUAAUUUUAGAAAUCAAGGUACUCAUAGAUCCAAAAACAUUAAAGAAAGGUGAAUUGGAAAGUCUAUCAAGUGAUCAGGUGACAACCAAAUAAAGCAACUCUAUAACCACACUAUGCAUGACUGCAUGUUAUUGUAAUGCCCAGAACCGUCCACGGCUAAUAGGCCGUCUACGUCCACCUUCUCGGCCCAUGAGUCCCAUUUCGUUCCAACGAUUGGUCCGUUAAUUUUUUCAAAGGCUCGAAAUCAUUGUUUACUGACCCUGCAAUCACCACCUGACAUUUCAUCGUGCUUUGGCCUCACUCACACGGUAUCGCAAAUUAAUUUUCGAUAGGUCACCCAUCCUUUUACUACUCCAAAGAAGCCCAAUCACGCUUAACUCUAGAGUUUUAAAUGGAUGUAUGACAGAAAAAGUAUGUCAACUUUAGUGACAUAUCUUAAGUAUUUCCAUAUUCCAUAAACCGAAAUGUUACAGUUAUCAUUAACCAAAAUGUUAAUCUUUUCAAUUGUACCUAGUACCUACCUAUUCGCAUUGGGUUUUAGGUUUAGUUUGGCUUGUUAUUUAUUUAUUUCUUUUAGAUAUAAAGAUAAAGAUAUAAGAACCGUUGGAUACUAAUAAAAUUCGAUUCAGUUUAUUUUGUUUAUUUCACAUAAUAAUGUCGGAAAUUGGCUAAUAGCGAAAAGAAUUUGGGUCCAACUCGGUUCCGUUGCAUUUUUUGGAUAUAUCAAAUAUUUUUAAAUAAUUCAGAUAAAAGGUCAAACAAUUCAUUUUUUUUUCUGGAUAACUUAUUAAGUAAUUCAGGUUAUUCAAAUAAAAAUAUUGCGCAGUUUGGAUAAUUUCUAAAUUUUCGUAUGAGAAACAUGGAUAUUUUUGUUGUUAGUAAUAUUAAUUGGAUGUCAUCAUCAACAAGGAAGUCGAAAAUUUACUAAAUGUUGGAUUCAUAAGAGAAGGGCGGUACCAGAAUGGUUGGCCAAUGUCCUAGUGGUAUGAAAGAAGACCGGCAAAUAGCAAAAUUUGCAUAGACUUCACUAAUCUUAAUGUUCUAUAGAGUCAAACACUUGCAACAUUCUGGUUCACACUAAACUAAAAAUAACUACUUCCUCAUGUCAAACAUUCAACGUUUUCAAGAAAUCAGCCACAAUCUUGUGUUUGAAGUAGACUUACCAAUCAUGUAUACUUGAUUUCUGUUAAUCUCAUGUUGAAAAUUAUGCGCUGUGUCUAUCCAAAUUGUAAAUUGCAUACCAGAAUAUUGAAGUUAUUAUGGUUUCAUCUUAUCCCACUAAUUAAUGUUACAAAAUUAACAAGAAUAUUUUGAAUAACCGAGAGGUGAUCCAGAGGCCCGACUAGUCCCCCAGACCGGACGCAGCGGUUGUAAUACCGAGAUAUGGUGUAAACUCGCCUAUAGGUGACUUUUGGGUAAAAAACCUAUCCCAUCUUAAGUAUAUAACAAAAAAUUAAAGUCGUUAUCUCUAUCGUAGCUGAAUAUGAAUCAAGUGUGUUUUUGGAAUAAUUUUCAGUAUCCAAUAUUUUGGGACAUUUUUUUAAUUUAGACUUAAAACUUGGCAAAAUUUAGUAAAUCACGUAAAUUAUGAUGUAUAAAAAUGGGCUGCAAAGAGUCAUAUAUAGGAGAUUUUUAUCGGGUAAAAAAACUAUCCCUCUUUUAUAAUAUACUUAUAGAUAUUUGGGGGUGGUGGUGAAUUAGUAAAAGAGGCAGCCACAACAACAAGGCUAGGUCAGCGCGAGAGCAGUAAGGUGAUUCUCUCUGCCUUCUUCGACCGUUUCGAAUGGCGACAAAGAGGAACUUUAAGGCAAUCUCCGUCGCUGCCGCCUCCUCAGCGAUGAAUGGUUGCAAAAGCCGGAAGCUAACGGAGAAGAUCCUGAAGGAAGCAGCAAAAGGAAGUCGAGGAUGAAGAAAACGCCCCCAUGAGCGCCUUCUCCUUCAAGCAACCAUUGUAUGAGUUGGAAGAUGCUAUUGAUGAUGAUGUUGAUGAGAUCCAGAGCCAACUUGAUUACCACGUAAGAUUUUUUCUUCGCAAUCGUUUGUGUUUAUAUGACACUAUAUAUGUAACAUUAACUAGCUGUGGUUAUGUGAUUGACAUUCUUAUUGAUGUUUCCGAUAAAAUUGUUCAAGGAUGAUAUGGAGAAAGAAGAGAAGUUAUUACUAGAUGCCUUCUUUCACAAGGAUGGGGCUUCAAUAGCAAAACGUCUCUCUGAUGCUAUUACUUCUUCGCUUGAAG